CGUGUCCCUCCCGCAGUCUCUCUCAAAUCCCUCCCUCCCAUCAUGCGAGCUCCGCACACCACCGCACCGGAGCCGAUCCCGCUGCCGCCGCCCCUCUCGAUCCCGCUACCGCUGCCGCCCCCGCCGCUCUCGCUUCCGUCGCCGACCACCGCGAUCCACCGGCGCAACAGCCGCAACUCCUCCGCCUCGUCUUCUUCCGUGUCUACAGCCUCCUCUUCCUCCCCGUCGCAGUCCCCCGCCCCGUCCCCCACCCGAGCCUCCGUCGUGCCCUUCUCCUGGGAGCGCCACCCGGGCGUCCCCAAGAGCUCCCUCGCCGGCCUCUUGUCCAACUCCGGCGGCGCGCCCCGCCCGCUCCCGCCGCCGCCGCCGCGCCGCUGCCGGCGGAUCAGGCGCCGCCGCCGCCUCUCCGUCGACGACGCCGACCCCUUCACCGCCGCCUUCGUCGAGUGCACCAGGGAGGAAGGCACGGCCGACGCCGAUGAAGACAAGCUCUGGCCACCGCCGGCGCGAGCGACGGCAUCGGCUGUGCACACGGCAAGACCGUGGAGGCUCGCCGCCGGCGGUGGCGGCGCCGCGGGCAUCCUCGGCUUCCUGGACCUGUACGGGUGCAAGACCGCCAUGGACGUCGCCGGCGGCGCGUUCCUCGCCCCUCGCCGCCGGACCGUCGCCGCGCGUCCAGGGCAUGGCCGCGCCGCCGCCCGGAGAUAAGUGGUUAAUUAAUUAACAUGUCUGAUUAAGGUGUGUAUAAUGUAUUGUAUAGUUGCAUAUAACCAACAUGUACUCCUAUAUGGUUCUCUGCCAUUACAAGCAACACUGUGGUCAAUGGCAGAAUUUACAGCAUCUUGUUUGGGUCACCUCGAUCUUCUGAUCAGUGUCCUCUGCUCUGCUGUGCCAUAUUCCAGAGCGUUGAUUUCUGAUCAGACAGUUGAGGUGUCACGUACAACUGCUUAAUCAGUGCGUUUCUCUAUGCGUAUGCCUAGCAACUUUUUCUUUCUUUCUGGGGGUGUUGUGUGCUGAAUAAUUGGAUCUUUUUUUGGAUUUUGCUAAACAAUUGGAUCAAUAUAUGAGUAAGAUAAGAAAAGUUUGGUUGCAUUU